AUGACGUCCCGCAAGUUCCUGAUCGCCCCCCGCGAGCACUUCGUCCUGCCCGUUCGCGGGACAUACCCACGCCUGUGCCGUUUACCCGACGGCUCCAUUCUUGCCGGGUACACAGCAUUUGGCGCCGACGGUGAGCGCAUCCUCUCCAUUGCCCGGAGCCUUGACGACGGGCGGACAUUCCAGCCCCACGGCGAGGUAGCCCGCUCCCGCGGCGACACGGACAAUAUCUUUUUGCUCCAGCUCCCGGCACCAUCGGAGGGUCAGACACCAACCAUCCUCGCCGCGUUUCGUAACCAUGACCUCGACCCGGUCACUGGUGCGCCGACUUACUUCCGGAUUACGGUAUGCAAAUCCACCGAUGGCGGCCGUACGUGGAGUUUUUUAUCCCAGGCUUUUGAAAAGCCAGCGCCCAACGGCCUCUGGGAGCCCUUCAUGCGCGUGGCUAAAAACGGUCGAGACGUGCAGCUGUACUUUUCGCAGGAGAUCGACAAGCUGGACCAGGAAACCAUGCUUGUGCGCAGCAGCGACGGGGGUAAGACCUGGUCGUCUCCCCCGGUCCGUUUGACCGGUGCCGGGGAGCGGUUCCGGGACGGGAUGGUUGGGGUUGCUGAGACGACAGAUCUGACGAAUGGCAACUGCAAGGACGCGCUGGUCUUGGUCAUGGAGACGACCCGCCGUGGACCGGGCAUGUACUCGGUUGAGGCGGUGCUGUCGUGCGAUGAUGGGGCGACGUUUGGGAAGAGACAGGUUGUGUAUGAGCCGAGGCCUGGGAGGAAUGCGGGUGCUCCCCAGGUGGCGUCCUUUGCGGAUGGGUCUGUGGCGGUGGUGUUCAUGACGGAUGAGGAUCGGGUGGAGGAGUCGAUUUGGCCGGGGGGCGCGAAGAUCAAGGUCGUGUUUAGUGGGCCGUCGGAGGAUGGGGUUUUUCGCUGGGGCGCUCCUGAGGUGGUGGGUGAGGAUGCGAGUGCGUGGCCGGGGGUUAUGAGGAUGGCGGAUAGUGCUGUUCUGGCUGUGUAUGAGUUUUCGUCGGCCAUUCGAGGGAAGAUGUUGAGUGCAACUCGUGCUUCGUACUAG